AUGCACUCAUCGAGCAGGAAACCAGCACUCAUGCAAGCAAAUAUAAAAUCUCAUCAUAUUAUGGCGAUUAUAACUGGUAUGGUAUAUUUUCAAACACCAGUUACGGCUGAUACAGUGAUCUCUAUAAACGGCAUACUCUUCAACCAUGUACGGAAUAUCAACUUUAUGCUGCAGUUUCCUGCCGUUCCGGCAAUUACCUACGAGCUGGCGAUUGUAUUACGUGAGAAUUCUAAUGGCAUCUACCGUACAUCGUCAUACUUUAUUGGGAAGAAUCUGGCAGAAGCACCAGAAUACUUCAUUCUACCAACCAUCUACAAUCUGAUUGUAUACUGGAUGGCCGGUGAGUACCUUCUGACCCAGAAUGGCGCUGUUCGGCUAAUUGGGUGA